UGGACAUGCUGCAACCACCAGCUACAAUAUCUUUACAAUGUCAUCGGGGUUCGUCUCUGGGGGCACUAUCGAUGAGCCAGCAGAGCGCGAUGAUGAAUGGCGUCGUGUUCAGCAUGAACUCGAGGAAGAAAGGCGCCGAAAAGCCGAGCUUGGCAAGCAAGAUGGAGGGAAGAGUCUGUAUGAGGUCUUACAGCAGAAUAAGAUGGCCAAGCAAGAAGCAUUUGAAGAGUCAAUACGAUUGAAAAAUCAAUUUCGGUCCUUGGAUGACGAUGAAGUUGAGUUUCUCGAUUCGGUGUUGGAGUCUACUCGAGCACAGGAAGCGGCAGUGAAGAAAGAGACUGCUGAGCAACUAGCCGAGUUCCAUCGGCAACGCGAAGAAGCAGAGCGAGCUUUACUAGAGGGCUCAUCCACCGAGAAUGCUGGUUCGGGUGGUCCUGCUAAGUCACUUGGAGAAGAGGAACAAUGGGCUAUAUCAGGAAAGAAGCGCAAACGUAACAAAAAAGAGCUUUUGCUUCCCCCAAAGAUGCGCAAGUCGUCUGCUAGUGGGGAAGCACCAGCUUCUGAUGGAUCAAAAACGGCGACAAAAACUGAGCUAAAAGACGAAGCUCCAAGGAAAGGCUUACAGAAAAAGUCAAACACCACAUCAUCUACGACAAUUACGUCUGCCGUGACUGGGAAGGUUACCCAGAAAGAAACCGAUAUUAUCAACUCACUGCCUGAAAAAGACGAAUCUAAAACUGCCCCUACAUUAUCAUUGGGUUUAGUUGCAUACGGUUCAGAUGAUGACUCUGAUUGAGAGAAGCGCAAAUUUGACGACACCCCAUAACACAUAAUGAAGACGAUUUAUUGUGGAAACUACGACUCGAGUAGCGAAUAACAAACUCAAAUUCGCCGGCGUCUUUGCAUUAUCAGAGAAAGGAAAGCGAGAAGAUUAGUAAGCUAUACUGUAUGGAAGCUGAUAUUGAAAUUGUGUACUGGACUUGUCACAGCCGAUAAAUGCCCAGAUUAUUCGCAUCUGUAACUGACUCACCAAAAAGAUGGAUGGUACCAGUAUAAAAAUCACCAUUGGACUAUAACAAUGAAUCUCCUUCAAAUGUUGCUACUUCUGAUUCUGUCAAUGGAUGCUACCAGCUGAGGUUCCGCUCAGAAGUUAAAUAUAGGUCAUGACGCACACUAAGAGUGCAAGAAAAACAUCCCUAUUAGUCAGAUAGUAUCUUAAAUGUAAUCGAUUAUAGUCAUAUGA